CAUUCCCACGCUUAGCGACAAGCACAGAUCAGGAGUUCGUUACAUAUGACGAGCUGUUAGCCGCGAAGUCCGGAUAGGGAUUGUAGUUGAUCCAUCCGCAAUUAUAUAAAAGAUGCUAGAUGUCCUAUGCCUUCGAGCAUAAGAUCUAUGCAUUUUCUCGAUUUGAGGAAUUGAAAUGCAUCUUCUUCUUUUUUUUUUUUUUCUUUUCUUUCUACAACCUGGGGAUUGCGUAGCUCCGGACGUCAGGCCUUUAUAUAUAUACCUAAUGUAUGCUGCUCCGACACCCAUACCGCCUUUUUCCUACCUCAACUUCAGGCUCUGUUCUAUGCAUAAUGAGUUGGCAAUUCCUCAUAGGGGGACCCACCCACUCAGACAGUUCGAUAAGAAGGAAAAUAUUUUCCUAGCGUCCGGCCUAUGUUCAUCAUAUAAGUGCUGGACGCUAUUACGUAUGUCAAGGUCGAGGGGGGGACCCGACAGCUGUCCCUUGGACCUUGAAUCCCUUUGUUGCAACCAUCACCGCGACUUUGCAGGUCUUGAUAUUACUUGUACAACGUUCCAUGUCGAUUGGCCCGGUUCUAAAGAUUUGAAUCUAAAUUGCUCGGACUUUGCUGGAUGCGAGAAUGGGGUGGUUCGAUGAUUCACAUCUUGCGCCCUCUCGAUCCCAUAGG